AUGGUUGUUGUCGAUGAGGAAUAUGCAUUGUCAGUGAUCAGGAAGUCAAAGAAUUUUCAGAAAUUUGAGGAGGGCAAGAAAGUGAAAAGUGUAGGGAGAUUUAACUCUGCAGUAGAAUUGUCAGUCAACUUCUGUAUAAGCUAUGAAUCAUCACUUCUUCAGGUGUCCAUCAGGGUCCUUUCCGAUGACCAAGGAUACGUUGCCGUUGUCCAUCACGCUAUUGUGCACUUUGAAUGUGGCACAGACUUCUCUUUCAUCAUCAAAGCUCCUUCUCUGGAGCGUUGCGUGGAUACCUUUGCCUUGGAUAAUGAUGACCCGAACAGUUUAACAUUGGUUCACAAUCGAGAAUGCGAAGUGUACGAAUUCUUAGACAAAUGCAAUGUCCUUGCUCCAAAACUUUACGACAUGCGGCUAGCAACGGAUUUAGUUAAAGAUCCGGGGUACAUCUUGAUGGAAAGUUUUGUGGGAAGAGGUGUUGUCCUUGGGCUAAGGCAUCAAGUUUCCUCAAAACAAGUCAUCAAUGUGGCUCAUCAUUUGGGAAAAAUGAGAGCUGAAGUUGGCAAAAUCAAAGACGUGAAACCGUGGAACGAUCCGUUCAGAGUUGAGGGCACCUUGGUGGAUGAGUUGUUUGACAAGGAAAGUACUUUUAUGGGGGCUCCUACUUUUUGA